AUGAAGCCCUUCUUUGGGAAGGAUGGGGUUGCUAGCCAGGAGCCUGCAACAUCUGUCCUGAAGAGGGUGUUGAGGACGYGGGUUGUGCUCAUGGCAGCUAGUGAGGGGUGCCGAGGACCACAGCGGAGAUUCUGUCCUUAUGGAUGUAGUAGUUUACUAAUUCCUGUGUUAAUAGACACUGUACCCCAUGAACAUUACCAAGAACUGGAAGAACUGUGGGAAACUCGUGAWCAUUCUUUGGAAGUCCCUGUCUCUCGGGAGCAAUUAAACCAUUAUCGGAAUGUGGUUGAAAAUGUUCGAAGUGAACUCGCCGCAACUUUGGUCAAAUUUGAAUCCGCGCAGUCUGAGCUUCGAGACCUGCGCUCCAAGAUGCUUUCUAAAGAAGUUUCCUGUCAAGAGCUGAAGGCUGAGAUGGAGAAUUACAAAGAAAACAAUGCCAGAAAAUCAUCUCUCCUCACCUCUUUGAGGGACAGAGUUCAAGAGCUAGAAGAAGAAUCAGCUGCACUUUCUGCUUCUAAAAUCAGAACGGAACUCACAGCUCACGCUGCAAUCAAGGAGAAUCAGGAGUUAAUGAAGAGAGUUGUGGAACUAGAGGAGAAAUUACAAAAAUGUUCAAAGGAAAAUGAGGAAAACAAGAAGCAAGUUUCAAAGCAUAGCAGGAAACACGAAGAGUUUCUAAUUCAACUUCAUGAUUCCUUGGAUCCUGACAAGAGGAGCGAGAAGGCAUCGGAAGAAGAUUUGAUUUUAAAGCUUAGAGAGCUGUGCAAGGAGAUGGCAUUCGUGAAAGGACAAAUUGUUACUCUUGAAGAGUCUCUAAAUGUCCAUGAGAUGGAGGCAAAAGCUAACAGAGAGACGAUUGUGAGGCUGGCUUCAGAAGUCAACAGAGAGCAGAGGAAAACUGCCUCCUGGAAGGAGGAGAAAGAGCAGCUGAACCAGGACUUGCUCAGUGCUAUGGAGGCAAAAGAAGCUCUUGAAAGGGAGGUGAAGAUCUUCCAAGAAAGGUUGCUUGCAGGCCAGCGGGCCUGGGAUGCCUCGAAGCAGGAGCUGAGCCUCCUGAAGAAAAGCUCUUGUGAAUUGGAGAAGAGUUUGAAGGUCAGCCGCGAGGUGGCCACAGCCUCUGAAAGCCAGAGUGCCUCCUUUAGGGAGAAGGUCGCCGGCCUCCUCACGGGCAUAUGGGGCAUGACUGGGUCCACAGAGGACGCCAUUUUGGAGAGGAUUCAAGAAAUGGGCAGCCAGGAAGAGAACUGGAGAAGGAUGGUCUCCCAGCUUGAAGCACAAAGAGCAGAGCUUGUCGAACAGUUGGGAAAGGUGUCUGAGUCUCACCAGGAAGCUCUCCAGAGAGCCCACAAGGCAGAAGACAAGUUGGAGACGCUUCAGGGUCAGCUGACACACCUGGAAGGAGAGCUGGUUUCUGCAGAUGUUUUACGAGAUAACUCGAAUUUUGAGAAACAAAAAUAUCUUAAAUUUCUGGAUCAGCUUUCAGAGAAAAUGAGAUUGGACCGGAUGGCUGCUGAACUUGGCUUUGACAUGCGUCUGGAUGUGGUCUUGGCGCGUGCAGAGCAGCUGGUCCGCCUUGAGAGCAGCGCAGUCGUUGAAAACAAGACGAUUGCCUACAAUUUACAGAGGAAGCUAAAGACUCAGAAAGAAAGACUGGAGAGCAGAGAACUCCACAUGAACCUCCUCCGGCAGAAAAUAGCGCAGCUGGAGGAGGAGAAGCAGGUGCGCUCAGCCCUGGCCACAGAGAGGGACGAGGCCCAGCUCACCGUCAGGAAGCUGGAGAAGAAGGUGGAAAGGAUGCAGAAGGAGCUGAACCUGUGUCGCGAGUCCAACCUGGAGCUCAAAGCCAAGCUGGCCGACACCAGUGAGCUCAAGAUUAAAACUUUGGAACAGACCAAAACCAUCGAAGACUUAAAUAAAUCCAGAGACCAGCUGGAGAAGAUGAAGGAGAAAGCGGAGAAGCAGCUCUCGACGGUCAGGGCAGAACUGGAUAUGGCAGGGCGGGAGGCCAAGGAGGGUAAGGAAAGGGCCAGACACAUGCUGGAAGCAGUGACCAGCGAGAUGAAGACUCUGAGAAGAUCUCUGGAGGACGCAGAAAAGAGAGAAAAGCAGCUGGCGGACUUCAGGGARGUAGUUUCCCAGAUGCUGGGCUUGAACAUGACCGCUCUUGCUCUUCCUGACUAUGAGAUCAUCAAGUGUCUUGAAAGACUGAUCCAUUUACAUCAGCAUCGCCUUGUUUCCUGUGCCUGCCUCAAAGACAUGACUUCUGGCAAGACAGGCACCCGCAAGGGCACUUAAAACUUCUUCGUUGAA